AUGACCAUUUAAGCAGUGAUAGAAAUACUCUGUUGUUUCAAUCAUGCAGGAGUUAUGAUAAUGGCUGAAAAGAUAUCUUUUUCCAGCUGCUCUUUUAUUUUUUAUGAUGGUGCUCAUCCGCUUUGUCUCCGGUGGCUGGUAAAAAUUAAGCACCACAGUCAGUCUGAGAUUCUAUAUGAGCUCUGAUGUUUUCCCCAGUCUACAAUUCCUAUGAAUCAGCCCCAGUUGGUCAACAACACCAAUGUCUCAUGAAAGUACUUCCGUUUUUAUUCUUCCCAUUUUUUGUAAACCUCUGAGAACUGGCAAAUGUGUUUCUGUUUAAUGUCUGUGAGUUCGUAUACAUAAGGUUCUUUCUGUCAGUCUUGGUCCUAUGCAGGAAUUCACCGCUGUUUGGGUAAGGGAUCCUCGUAUCCAGAAGGAGGAUUUCUGGCAUGCUUACAUGGAUUAUGAAAUCUGUAUACACACUAAUAGUUUGGCCUUCACUAAGAAGAGUUCUUGUGUGCGGCGGAGGUACAGUGAAUUUGUGUGGCUAAGAAAACAGCUACAGGAAAAUGCCAUGCUCAUAAUACAUCUACCCAAACUUCCUCCAAAGAACCCGUUCUUCAGUCUCAACAAUGCCAGAGAAAUUGGUGCCCGAAUGGAGGGGCUCAGGAAGUUUCUUGAAGUGGUUGUUCACAGCCCAGUGCUGCUCUCAGACAGUUGCUUGCACCUGUUCCUACAGUCCCAACUGAGUGUGAAAAAAAUCAAGGCCUGUGCCGAGGGCAGGAGCCACUACACUGUUUCUGGAGCCAUCCACAUUUUUGGCUCAGGAACCAAACGUUUUGAUUCUGACUCUGAAGAGAAUGUCGAGGAGGAAUAAGACUGUUAAUCAGAGUGAUUGAGUUAUAUGUAUAUAUACAUACAUCUAUAUUAUCAUGUUAUACUGCAUAUUAUCUGUACUGAUGAAU